AUGUCUUCAUCUAUAAUCACUUCUUUGACACCAAAUCAAGUUAAUGAUGAAUUAAAUAAAAUGCAAGCCUUCAUUAAGAAAGAGGCAGAAGAAAAGGCUAGAGAGAUCAAAUUGAAAGCUAACCAAGAAUAUGAAAUCGAAAAGACAAAUUUAGUACGCCAAGAGAUAAGCAACAUCGACUCAAAUUACGAAAAAAAUUUGAAAAAAAUUUAUCUAGAAAAACAAAUCAUGAAAUCAACUAUUGAUAAUCAAAUCAGAUUAAAAGUAUUAAAUAAGAGAAAUGAUUCCUUGAAUGAAAUAUUUGAAGAGACUCAAAAACAAUUAAGAGACAAAAUAACUAAUGAUGAAACAUUGUACAAAGAUAUUUUACACAAAUUGAUUCUUGAAUCGGUUUUAAGAUUGUUAGAGAGUCAGGUUGUCAUCCAGGUUAAAGAAAGUGAUUUACCUAUUGUGGAAAAUGAAGAAUUUCUAAAUAAGAUUACUGAAGAAUAUAAGACCACUACAAAUGGUAAAAAUCUUAAAAUAGCUGUAUCAAAAGAUUAUUUGAGCCCUGAAUUAAUUGGUGGUGUUAUAGUGAAAGAUUCUUCAGAAAAAAUUAAAUUGAAUAAUACUAUUGAUGAAAGAUUGAAAUUAUUACAUGAAGAAGCUUUACCUGCCAUAAGAUUAGAAAUGUUUGGUAUAACUAAGACCAGGAAAUUCUUUGAUUAA